AUCUCUCUCUUCUUCUUUCCCUUUUCCCUUUCUCACAAUUUCUCUCUCCUCUUGUGGCGCCUUCUCAGUUGCAGUUUCAGACUUUCAGAAACACGUACAAUAUUUGGUAGGAUGUGGUUGAUUCUGUUGGCAGUAUAAAUUGUAAUUAAGGGGUGGCAACUUGAACUAUAGCUGUUAGAUUUUAAGCUGGUGUACCUGUGUAUGAGCAAAUAUGGGAGCUGCUUGUUGUGUUGCUGCUAGGGACAAAACUUUACAGCAUGGAUCUAGUGGUGAGUUUUUGCAUAGAAAUUUCAGGCACUCUCCAACAUGGAGUUUCCGAUGGGAUAGUAGAGUCGGGGUAGCUGGUGAAGAAGCUUCAGUAGGUUGGUUGUCUGAUGUAACGAGUAGAAAUGAUGCGUUGGACGUAAAAUCUGCAACUGAUGUAUCAGCGCAGGUUUCAGAUGGUGGUAGUUCAUUGGAAAGCUACCGAACAGGUGCAUGGCGUAAGACUCCGAUAAAUCACGAACUUAAUAAGAGCCAGAAAUCAGCUGCCUCAGGUCUAUUAGGUGCAAGGAAUUCAUGUAUAGAGAUCAAGCAACAUCCAGAAUCUCCGCAAGUUUCAGAUGCUGCUGUCAAAUUAUCACCCUCAAUUCAUACAGUUUCUUCGUUAAGCAUGUCACCUCUCUCAUCCCAAAGUCAUCCACCUCCGCCCUCACCGACCCCAUCUGGGUGGACUCAGGGUUCGCCAGCUCAUCAACUUGGCCAUCAGGCAUCCGAUAUCCUGAGUUCUGGGAGGAAUUCACCUAGUAUUAAUUCUGUAUCUGAAGAAGGCCAGGUCCCUUAUGGGAACUCUGUUGCAAGCAAUUUGUCAACUCGGGGUUCCUAUGGCAGGUCCUCGGAUGGUUGGUCAGCUCAUGCCUUCUCUGAACUCAUGUCAGCAUCUCAGAGAGGCAGGUGGUCAUUUGAUAGUGACUCUUUAAACUUUGCUCGUGACAAAUUGAGUAGAACAAGUGGUCAUAAUUCCCGUUCAGUUUCUGUUGAUUUUCAAACAUGUGGUAUUUGCUCCAAGCUCCUGACAGAGAAAUCAGUUUGGAGCUCUCAGAAAAUUGUUAUGUCUAACGAACUAUCUGUAGUUGCUGUUUUGAUAUGUGGGCAUGUUUAUCACGCUGAGUGCUUGGAGACCAUAACCCCUGAAAUCAACAAAUACGAUCCUGCUUGCCCAGUUUGUAUGCUUGGGGAGAAGCAAACGUUGAAACUGACUGGGAAAAUGCUCAAGGCCGAAAAAGAUUUUAAAGCUAAAAGCAGCAAGAAGUCAAGGAAUCGGGUUGGGGAUACCCAUGCGUCUUUCGAUUUUGAUUAUUGGAAGAGAAGCGCUAGUGCACAUGAAGGCAAGACUCUGAAGCUUGGCAACAGCUCUAGCUUGAAGAUUUCUGCCGCAAAGCCUUUUCUAAAGCGGCAUUUCUCUUUCGGGUCAAGAGGCAACAAGUCUGCUUCAGAAUGCCCAUCAAUUAGGAAAAAAGGGUUGUUCUGGGCAAAGUCUAGCAGGGAAUGACCUCCUCCUGUAGCUUAGUUUCAGAUCAUGCAGGUUGUCUGUGCGAUGUUGGAUUUGGCAACACACAAUACAAGACGGAAGUUGAAUAUGGCUCGGUUAGUUUCGAAUUGAUUUGGUAUAAACUUCUCUGAUAUAAAAUGGUUUAGCAGGUGAUAAGACACUGUAAAGAAGGAAUUAUAGGUGAUAUAAUUAUAAUAGCAAGUCAUACGUAGGUAAAUCAAGCAAGCCAGUGAUUUAUCAGGGUUUAAUCUUUAUUCAUGUCAUGUACAUUUAAAUUGUUUGAAGCAACAAUUCAAGUAGUUUUAUGUUUUGAAAGCAAUGUUCUCUUUCAUUUGUCCACCCACUAGUGGACUUGUUAUAUACAAUUUGGUCCAAGCCAAACAAGAUUCGGGUGCAUAUGUUCUCUCUGAUGCUGCACUGAUCAUUUCGUGUCAUUAUUGUAUUAGUCAAGAAACACUUGGUUGAUCUCAUCGAUCAAUGGAACGAUACUAUCGGAAAAUGGAAACUCCGACUAAUCUUGGAUUCAUCUUUGAUUUUAGGGUUUGUGUUUUCCUAUUUACUCUAAAUUAUUAUGUUAAGUUCUUUACAUUA